AAUUAGAUGCCCUUUAAGUGUACAGUGACAUGUCAUCACACAUAAUUCUAAAUAAGUGCUCUAAAACCUAAUAUCACAUGGCAGAGAGAGAGAGAGAGAGAGAGAGAGAGAGAGAGAGAGAGAGAGAGAGAGAGAGAGAGAGAGAGAGAGAGAGAGAGAGAGAGUGACGUGAGGAAGGUCAGAAAGUCUGGCAGACAAUUCAAGAGGGUUUCUCUGAGGCUGAUAUAUGAAAGAAGAUUCGUAAAUGAAGGCAGACUGUUCCUCCUACACAAGUCCCAUAGUAGGAGAAACCGGUGAAAAUAGCUCGCGAGGUGGAGCAACACAUGGGGACUAUCAAACAGCUUGAGUCUCGGUAAAUGAAGGCAGACUGUUCCUCCUACACAAGUACCAUAGUAGGAGAAACCGGUGAAAACAACUCGCGAGGUGGAGCAACAUAUGGGGGCUAUCAAACAGCUCGAGUCUCCUGGUGUACUGUUUAAUAACAGCGGUGAACCCAAACAUCUGUUUCGCCUGCCGACGUGGCAAACCUGCAGGCAACAAAGACGUGUCAGGCACAGCUUAUUUGUGCACCGACCUAUGAACAAACAUAUGAUUUAUACUCAAAUUAAUGUAAAUUCAUAUAUAAUAAUAAAUCAAAUAUCAACAUCCUUUAAAGUCUCAAUACAAAUAAUCUUGGUAGUCCCAUUCUUCCUCACAAACCGAGUGAACCAAGUUCAACCCCCCUGGCGUCAACAACAUUCAAGUCCCUGGCGCCAACAUCUCAUUAUAGGAGUACUUUUAAUAACUCGUAUCCUUACUCCUAACAACAUGAUCAUAUGGCAUCAGGAUGUAUAAAUACAAAUGUCUCACCAAGAGACAACUCAAUCCUCACCCUGGGAAGCAAAUGAUACAAUAAAACAAUACCCAAAGGGACUGUUACGGCCAUUUUGGAAAAUUGGUCGUUUUACAAAAUUGCCGGUCAUUAUGCAAAAAGACCAAAUUCGUGGUCACAUUGCAAAAUGACCUAAAUUUCUCAACAUUUUGCAAAACGACCAAGAUUUUGGUCAGUUUACAAAAUAAACUAUUUUUGUUGGUCCGUUUACAAAAUCUCCAUACAGUAAGCAGCCAGAUGGAAAAAAAAGCGAGGGAAUGAUAAAACGUUACAGUUGCAGUACAUAACCAAUGAGUAUGCUUAACUGUCCUUAUUUUAGGUUCAGCUAAUCAUCUCACACACACACACACACACACACACACACACACAAAGUUCGAACCACUUCUUUUUGAACACACACACACACACACACACACACACACACACACACAUUUAUCGCACAGCUGGAUUUCCCCCUGAACUCAUAUGAGUAUGUCACCCUUGUUAAUCUUCGUUCAAUCUCUGCUGGCCUCGCUGCCACUCUCUCCUGUAAAUUAUCUCUUAUGAUAUUGGUUCAUUUACUGGUUUGUCAUUCACUCUUGUAUGUGUAGGCGCCGUCAUCGAAGGGCAGGUAAGAUAGAUUAGUUAGCUUGUGUAGAAAAUAGAAAUGAUAAGUGAUGAAAUUAAUGGAAAAGCAUGUGACAAAGGGAUGACUAAAGGAUAGGCGGGAAAGGGAGAUAUUGGUUCAUUUACUGGUUUGUCAUUCACUUUUGCAAAUUACUGGUUCAUUGCUGGUCGAUCAUUCACUUAAUAUCCUCCCCCCUCUUCCCCCCCCCUCUCUCUCCACAAUAGUAAUGGGAGCUGACUGUUGAUACUGUGGUCAGUCAGGCACUGCUGAAAGCCAGGAGAAGACGACCAACGUAGUGUUACUCCCAGUACUUUGUGUGUAUUUUAUUAUACUCUGGAAAUCUGUACAAUGGAAAAUAGAAAAACUGAUUUUUAUUCAAAGCUGAUAGCGGCUGAGGAGAAGAAGGCAUGAAAUACUUCGAGUUUGUUGUACAGAAAUGAAUGCGAACAAAUUAUGAAUCGCUUGGAUGAACUUAAACGUGUUAACAUUAAAAAGACUCAGAAAGACUAUCGUUUGUUACGAAAGUAUGAAAUCCUUGAAGUCACAGUUGAAGGUAUCACCGUUAAGAAAUUGCAGAAAAAGGGAACUAAUCUUAGAUUCGUAUGCGCUGAAGAUGUGUUCGAUGUGAUCGAUGCUAUUCAUCGUGCACGUGGGCAUGGAGGUAGAACUAUUGUCUUUAGGGAAACAAGUGAAAAAUAUGCCAAUGUUUCAAGAUCCCAAAUUGAGUUGUAUUUACAGUUCUGUGAGGAGUGUCAUCUGAAAAAAAGCACUGUACGCAAGUCUGUGACUGUGAAGCCAAUUGUAUCCAACAGUAUGAACUCACGAGCUCAGGUCGACUUGAUCGAUAUGCAGAGCCAGCCAGAUGGAAAACAUCGUUUCAUUCUGAACUACCAGGAUCACUUGACGAAGAUGGUGUGUCUUCGGGCUCUACAGACGAAAACUGCUGAAGAGGUUGCUUUCCACCUCGUUGAUAUAUUCUGUGACAAAGGAGCCCCCCAUAUCCUGCAGUCUGACAAUGGAAGAGAAUUCUCAAAUAAGCUUGUCAAGGAAGUUCUGAUGAUGUGGCCAGAGUGCAAGAUGGUUCAUGGCAAACCACGACAUUCCCAAUCGCAGGGCUCGGUGGAACGUGCCAACAGGGAUAUUGAAGCCAUUCUCGCAUGUUGGAUGAAGGACAACAACUCUACACAAUGGUCACAGGGACUGCGCUUUGUCCAGUGGAAGAAAAAUACCCGCUUUCACUCCGGAAUUGGAAGGACACCAUAUGAGGCCAUGUAUGGACAGAAGGCUCGUCUUGGUGUUGACGCAAAUUCUGUACCAGAGGAAGUCCUGGACGGUAUGCAGACGGAGGAGCAGCUUGCAGAGGCACUAGGUGUUGUCAAUGAGGUCACAGACACAGAGGAGGAAGAGACAGGUGUUGAAAAGCAAGAAGAAGCAUCUGCUGUCAUUAACUGCAUCUCCUGUGGCAAAAGAUAUCUUGGUUUAAAUGUGUGCAAUGUGUGUGAGAACCCAUGUCACUCUAAUACUCCGUGUUCUAUGAGGAAUAACGAUGCUGAUGAGUCUGUGCUUUGUUCCAUCUGCAGUCGGAGUCAGAGUAUUCAUACUGAACAAAUGAAGUCCAACAUAGAACAACAGAAACAAGCCCAAAAAAUGAUCGAUAAUUCUGUGAAGAGAUUUCAACCAGCCAAGGUAGGGGAAACUGUGAUGGUUCCUGUUCCAUUAGUUGACCGCGGACGUGCAGAGUUUCCUAAUGUGAAGGCAGUUGUUUUUCAGGCAUUGGACAAUGGCACAUAUAAGCUUGGUACAAAACACGGCCUGCUUAAACAAGUGUACACUCGCAACCAAUUUACUCCAUGUCUAGAAAAAUUCCUUUCUCUUGAUGAUGUUGUACAGGAGCGGGAAGUAAGUCUGCGGGAAGUAGCAAUUGCAGAAUCAAUGGGACAAGGUCAGGGAUUCGCUAAAUGCUCUUGCACUAAGUCAUGUAUGACCAGACGCUGCAAGUGUUUAAAAAACUAUUAUGCAACAGCAGAUGCAAAUGCAGUGCCUCUUGGUCCAACAAGGUCGACACACAAUAAAAUUAGUUAUGUUCACUACGUUUUAUCAUUCCCUCGCUUUUUUUUUCAUCUGCCUGCUUGCUGUAUGGACAUUUUGUAAACUGACCAACGAUAAUUUUGUAAACUGACCAAAAUC